AGUGGCAGUGAGAUGCGCCCGCGCCGCGGCGCUACCGUCGUGCGCUUAUCCGACGCCAUUUUCACAGUCAGAGCUUUCCCACAACCAGAUCACCAAGCAUCCCCCGCGGCGGCAGCGUUGCGAGACACGAGUCGUGUCGCGAGCAGCGGUGCCCUUCGCACGUGCUGACACUCCCCGUGGACUGUAACCAACACACAAGAAACCCGACAUUCAGUUAACUUGAACCCAAAACACUAUUUUCCGAUGACACUUAUCCAAACAUCUGCUGAAGAGAAAAUUACCCCGAUGGACAUCCUCGGAAAGCCACAGACUAAAGACGACAGCGGAAAAUCCUUGAGACCCGUCAGAAACAGGAGAUACACACGGAGAAGUUUGGUCGCGGGUCAGAGGCCACAAAAGCGAUUGUUCACGCCAGAAAUCAAGCGAUACCUGAAAGAUUGGCUUGUCCGGCGAAGAGACAAUCCCUAUCCCAACAGAGAAGAAAAGAAACAUCUGGCCCAUGAAACCGGACUUACAUACAUUCAAAUCUGCAACUGGUUUGCAAAUUGGCGACGUAAAUUGAAAAACGUGAACGAAGAUCGCAACCAACAAACAUGGGGUCAUCUUAUACGUACGUACAAUGACCGAGCUCAAGGCAACGUCGAACAAUUCAGUAUUUGCUCCGACGAUAGCAUAUGGAGCGAAUCCGACCACACCAGUCCGCACGACUCUCUGGACAUCGAUCCAGGGUACACCGACAGCCCGGAAGCUCCAGCAGAGUAUCAGAGAGAAGAUUCCGACGCUUCCUCAGGUUCGAAGGAAAAAUACGAAGGUUUGAACAAUAAUACGUACACGGUAGACCACCAAACUGAAACUCGCGAAGAAAACAAAAACAUAACGAGUCCCCUACUACUAAGUAAAUGGUUGGAGAGCGCAGCUCGUUUCCAGCCCAGCGAGACCAACUACUCCUGGUGGGCGGAUGGGAAACGUAGAAAGCCAGAGAAGACGGAGAUUAAGGCACAUCGGAUCGCGCUGAACACCGCGAGACACGACAGGGACGAAGUAGAGGCUGCCGUGGCAUUGACCACACUGGCGAGUGCCACUAGCCGCAUUACAGCUCUCUGAGUCAAGUGUUGCUACAUUUUCUAUCUAUUUUUAUUGCGCCUGUACUCUGUAUUAAAAUUAUCAUGUUAAUUAACUUAGUAUAAUGUUAAGUAUGAAUAAAUAUUAUCAUGUUUGUUCCCAAUAUGACAAUAUCCAUAAAGUUAUCUUUGUAAGCAACUGUGGAACAAGUCUCUUAGUAGACUGGAUAUUUAAGUACAUUUUAUUUUACUGAUGUAAACAUGUCUACCAAAAAGUAAUCUAUGUAUUUAAGAAUUGAAACAUUUGUGCCUUAGUUUAGUAAAUAAAAUUUACUUACUACAUCCCCAAACAAUGUUGCUCAAGUAUUAUUUAAAUAUAAGGUGUUUUAGUAUGUAAUAAUAAAUCUCUGAUUGUAAUUAUUUGAUCUCCAUUAGUUUAGUGGUAACCAAAGAUUGUGCCUAACAGUUUCUAAAAUAAAACAUUUUAAUAAAUACA